AGUCCCUCUGCAAGAAAAUGGCUGACAUGCUGUAUGGCUCCGAUAUCCAUCGACGCUAAUCAAUUUUAUGUUGUCCAACGCUCUUUUCUACGUUGUUAAGUUUGACAGACAGACAUAAUGUUUAAAAAGGCGAAACGUGCUAAUUUUCGACGGAGAAAUGAGUCCGACGAAGAAGAGCAGGAUGAGAGCCAAACGCUGUCGCUCGCGCCCACAUCAUUUGGGCCUAUAGUGGAAAUCCCGUUUAUGGAGACAAAUAACAAUUCUACCGGAGCUCCGAGCAGCACUGACAGUAGUUACAGUAACGGAUUCUUGACUAGCAUUAACAAUGUGAGAUCUGUCAAGAAAGAAAAGAAAACCAGAGAUCCUGUGCCUGUCCCUGUACCUCCACCGACAAAAGCCAGUUUGUUGAGUUUCGACGAUGAAGAAGAGGGAUCCGAAGUGUUCAGAGUGAAGAAGUCUAAUCAUAGCAAGAAGAUUGUUAAGCAGCUGAAGAAAGAAUACAAAGAAGACUUGGAGAGAUCUGGAAAUGUCAAACAGGAAAUCAAAUCAGAUGCUCCACUUCAGCCUGCUGUUCACAUAAAAGAAGAAAUAACCAGCAGAGCAAGCAGUGAACAUGGGGAGGAGGAGAUGGAGGUGGACAGUGCUGAGGAACAGGACGGAGAGGCACGGAGUCAUGGUGGUCCACCACAUAGUCAGAUAUCCAGGGGAAACAGCAUGGGAUCAUCGUUCAACACAUUGUCUUCUCUUGGCAGCUUGAGACCAGGGGAGAUCCCUGAUGCAGCAUUUAUCCAUGCUGCCAGGAAGCGCAGACAAAUGGCAAGAGAGCUUGGGGGUGACCCCCCUCUGGUUGAGACAGAAACUCCCAAGAAACGUCUGACACAAGAAGACCAGGAUGCCAGCGAUGAUGAAGACGAGGAAGAGAAGAGGAUCCGCUUCAGUGGAGUAAAGAAUAAAAGCCAGAGGCAGAAGAUUGCUGAGGAGAUAGGUAUCGAGGGUAGUGAUGAUGAGGCUAUGGAUGCAGGCCAGGAUGAGGAGGUGACCCGUUGGGAGCAAGAACAGAUUAGGAAAGGAAUCAGCAUACCCCAGGUUCAAAGCAGUCAACCAGAGGACAAUACAGUCUACUACCAGAACAGCUAUGAGGCCCAGCCUUAUGGUUCCUCCUACAGCAUGCCUUUCACCUAUAGUACAGUGGCUCCACAGACGUGCAAGCUCCCUGGCCACUCUGACAAUGGCUCUGUUCACUAUGGGGCACCUAUUUGUGAUCUGAGCCCAGUUUCCAUUGAUAUGGUAAAGAAACGCCUGCAGGAUAGGCUCACCCUAAUGCAUGCAGGUCACAACACAAAUUCCAAUCGCUACAAACAGAUCGAGGAAGACCUUGCUGCCUCUGAGAGUACCAUACAGCAGCUGGAGGGUUCAUCCAAAGACAAUGCAGAUCAAUAUAAAUUCUUGCAAGAGAUGCGAGGGUAUGUUGGAGACUUGCUUGAGUGUUUCAGUGAAAAGGUGCCUGCUGUCCUGGAGCUGGAGGCUGCCAUGCACCAGUUACUAAGGCAACGGGCCUCACGACUUGUCCAGAGAAGACAGGAUGAUAUUAAAGAUGAAUCGUCGGAGUUUGCAAGCCUUUCAAAUAAAGCUGUCAUGGCUCCUAGUCUGGACUCAUUUGGUCGAGACCGUGCAGCAUACCAAGAGCACAGUCGUCAGAGGAGGAUAGCUGAAAGAGAAGCAAGGCGAACACGGCGACGACAAGCUAGAGAGCAAAAGAAGGCUGAGCAUAAAGAAGGUUUAUCGUCUGAUGAUGAGGAAACCUCUACAGAUAUCACCAGCUUCAACAUGGAGAGAGAUCGGAUCAACAGGGAAUGUAAGAAAGUGUUUGAGGAUGUGGUGGAGGACUUUUAUUCUCUUGACUUCAUCAAAUCCCAUUUUGAAGUGUGGAGGAGAGAAUAUCCUGACUGCUACAGAGAUGCUUACAUCGGCCUGUGUUUGCCCAAGCUCUUCAGCCCUUUAGUCCGUCUGCAGCUUAUUACAUGGAACCCUCUCGAGACACAGUGUGCAAACUUUGAGUACAUGCUCUGGUUUGAGUCGCUGCUAUUUUAUGGUUUUGAGGAGAACAGCAUGCUGCAGAAAGGAGAUGGAGAUAUCGGCUUACUGCCUGCUAUUGUAGAGAAGGUCCUCCUGUCCAAAUUAUCAGUGUUGGUGGAGCAAGUUUGGGACCCAUUGUCAAGCAGUCAGACUGCCAGGCUAGUGGGCUUCAUUCACAAACUCAUGAAAGGUUAUCCUACUGUGCUGCAUGGGGACAACAGUUACACGCAGGAGCUUUUAAAAACAAUUGUCUUGCGGACCAGGCGGACUCUGGAUGAAGAUGUCUUCCUUCCACUCUUUCCCCAACAUGUGAUGGACAACAAAAAUAGCAGUGCCUACUUAUUCUACCAACGGCAGUUCUGGUCCUGUGUUAAGCUGCUGGGCAACAUCCUGCAAUGGGAUGGUAUCUUAUCCAAUUCCUGUCUAAGGGACCUGGCUUUGGACAGCACUCUUAAUAGAUACAUCCUCUCUGCUCUGCAAACCACAGACAUAGGAGAGGAAAAUGUUCACAAGUGCCAGAAGGUGGUGGAGUGUUUGCCUGAUCACUGGUUUUCUGGACUGAAGGGUCAGCAGACGUUGCCUCAGUUGGAGCCAUUGUGUCGCUACCUCGCACACAUGGCUAACUCAUUGCACCGCAGCAGCGCAGGAGGAUCAGAUGUUGAGCGCCGCACUGCUAACAGGGAGCUAAUCAGAGAGGCAGUGAAGAUGUUGGGCCGCAUGAACGCCCUGAAUCACAUCAUCGCUGUGGCAGAAGAACAUGGCGUUAAAGACAUCAAACUACUCAUGGAUGUCAAAUCAUAGAGGAGAAGCAGACAAGGAACAUUUCAUCCACCUUUUGCUCUGCUGAUGAAUCCUAAGGAGGAUUUCGGGGGAAAUUUUGCAUUGGUGCACUUGAAAAUCAACAACCAGCAGAGAAAAGGACUUUAUUGUAAAUAUUGUGAAUAAUGUAGAAUGUGCACAUACACCUUUCACUUCAAGACUUACCCUGAAAUGAGGCCUUGCAUUGAGCUCAGAAAGACUGCUCAGCAAAAGGCACUAUUUUAAACAUCUAAUUUAUCAGGGGGGAAACUUUUGAUAUGGGUAUGAUUUAGAAAUCAUCCUUAUCCUAAAUUUUCACAGGAUUCAACAAGGCUUUCUGUAUAAACUGCUAGACCACCUUCACCCCUCCCACAGACGCAUCCUUCCCAUGUGCCAAAAGUCUGAAGCCACACACGGGCAGUCUGCAAACCCAUCUGAUUCAGGACAGUCUAGGAUGUGAUGGAAUUGAUGGUUCAUUGAUCCCUGCCUCAUUCUGCAGCACAUUUGUCACAAGAAAAAUGCUCUGAUGAUCUCACAGAUUUGUUUUCAGAUUAGUAAGUUAUGUUUUAGUGUUUUUGCCUGUGAAUAAAAUAUAGAUUGUAAUAAUG